AUGUUGACGGGAAGUCCUCCAAUCACCACUCAGACCUUGAAAACCUACCUCUACAAUAGGGUUGGCGGCGCCGGUCACAAGGCGCGCCCUGCGCGCUGUCGCCCCCUGCGCGCUGUCGCCCCCCGGGGCAACGGGGCGCGCCCUCCCAGGAGCCCAGGCCCCCAGACCGCUCGGGGAGAUGAUGGGGAAGGUGCUCUCGGUGGCCCUGACUGGUUCCACUAUGCUCGUGCCAUGUACCACUGGGGUGGGGGCAUAUGCUCUUAUGUCGUCAUCUGA